AUGGUUCCCACCGAUAAACUAGCCAUGCCGCCGACAAGUGGGUCGGCGCUUCUCCAGUUAUUCGCCGCCGCAUUUCGUUCGGGUGAUGAUGACUUGGACUCUGACGAUGAUACUGAUAUCUCUCAGCAGCUUGCGGGGCCAAAUAUUGACACAGGCAUCGCGCAGCAACAGCAGCAACAAUAUAAUGACAGGGAUGAGACUAUCCCUCAGCGACCCCACGAUGCUUCCUUCAUCAGCAAGACCCACCCCAACGACGACUCGAUUACAGGAACUACCCCGCAGGGUGUCCAGAGCGGCCUCUCUUUUGGGUCUGUCAAGGACAAGAAGAGUGUUACCAACAAACUCCAAUCUUCAUUCGGCUACUCAAAGGAUGAGGAACUCAUUGGAGAGUACUCGUGUUGGCUGGCGCGGUCCCUCUUGCUGCCUGGAUACCUUUACAUCACCACCCACCAUAUCUGCUUCUACGCUAACCUUCCCAGCAACCAUGAUGUUGUGCAAAAGGAGGGUUUCUUUUCUAUAAAGUCAACAACAACAGCCAACUUUAAUCGCUACUGGUUCAUCCUCAAGAACGAUGUCCUCAGCUACUACUCGGACCAGUCGGAGGUCUAUUAUCCAAUCAAGACUAUCGACCUCAAAGGGGCCCUGUCUGCAGAACCGUCUCUCAGGAAUGAACUGGCUUUUUACAUCCACACACCCGCCCGUCGCAUUAAGUUUAAGACAGACUCGGGACUCGCUCGCGCAGACUGGGUCAAAGCGAUCCAGAAGUCAAUUUUCCAUGCCAAAGUGAAAGAGCACAAUGUCAAGAUCUCGAUCCCUCUCUCGUACGUGACAAACAUUGACAUUAACCCGACCUCAUUCGUUGACACCAUUCAGCUCACAGUCAAAGACACAGACGGCACUGAAGAUGAGUUCUUCUUCACGUACUUUGAUGAUACCCAAGGAGCGUUGACUCUGCUCAGGAAACAGAUGGAAGAGUCCAAACAAGCUGAGACAGAGAAGCGCCUCAAGUGGUUCAACAGCACAUCACCCGGAGCUGACGGUACUCUAAAGUCCCUUCAGGACGAAUCGCCCCAGGGACCCCUCGCAUCGUCCAUCUCUGGAUCAAACCAAGUCCCCUCACAGUCAUCAAUGCUUGGGACGGUUUCAAAGCUUAAUCCUCUCCGAUACUUUCAGACUGUGGAUGGUGAAGUUUUCUCCCUCUUUGGAACAUCCUCGACAGCAACCGACCAAUCCCUGGAACAGAACUCGGACGACAAAGGCGACAUCGAUCUGGACAACCAAGAGAAGGAGACGUUCAGGAAGGAGUUCUCUCUCCCUGAAGGAGAAGCCAUAGGAGAGAUUGUUCCUGGGUAUCUCUUGCGGUACCUCCCUCUCUACGGCAAGAUCUACCUCUCCGACAACUAUAUCUGCUUUCGAUCGACCGUCUACGGGACCAGCACCAAGGUUAUUGUACCACUGUCUGAUGUAGUCCAUGUCAACAAGCACUAUGGUACUCGCUUCUACUUUCAUGGGCUGGGCAUGUAUACCACGAGAGACGAGGAGGUCUUUCUCGAGUUCUCUAGUCGAGAUACCCGCAACUCGAUCCUUGCCGGUCUACGUGAUCGCAUUACACCAGAAGCCCAGGAGAGAAGGAAGCAACAUCGUGCCCAAGCCGUCAUCGACUCUCCCUCUGUCCAGCUGGAUGACCCUAUGGAGUCUCGUGUCUUGGACUCGCUGCAUUACCAGGAUCAACCCAUGUCGCUUGCAGCUCAUCCAGGAUUCAAGCCCUCGCGUCCCCUCCAUGUCACCUGUCUCACGAUUGGUAGCCGAGGCGAUGUGCAGCCAUACAUUGCGUUCUGCAAGCGACUGAUGCAGGAUGGUCACUCUUGUCGCAUUGCCACCCACGGGGAAUACAAGGACUGGGUCGAGAGUCAUGGCAUUGAAUUUGGUCAUGUUGGGGGUGAUCCAGGGGAGCUGAUUGAACUGUGUGUCGAGAACGGCAUGUUCACGGUGUCGUUCAUAAGAGAGGCCCUCAAGCGGUUCAGAGGAUGGUUCGGUGACCUAAUGGAGACAGCAUGGAUAGCCUGCCAGGGCACAGACGUGCUGAUCGAGUCCCCCUCUGCGAUGGUCGGUAUCCACAUUGCCGAAGCGCUCGAGAUUCCAUACUUUCGAGCGUUCCCUUUCCCCUGGACACGAACGCGAUCGUUCCCGCAUCCAUUUGCAGUGGCAGAGCGCAAUCUGGGCCGUGGAUACAACUACAUGACGUUUGCGAUGAUGGACCAGGUGUUGUGGAAGGGGAUCUCUGGGCAGAUCAACAAAUGGCGCAAGAAGAGGCUAGGGCUCGCGCCAACGACGGCAGAGAAGAUGGAAGCGCAUCGUGUUCCUUGUCUGUACUCGUGGAGUCCUCAUCUUCUCCCUGCGCCCAUGGAUUGGCAUUCUUGGGUGCAUGUGACAGGAUAUUGGUUUCUGGACAAUCCGAAUCUCAAUUGGUCGCCACCAGAUGGACUGAAAGAAUUCUUGGAAGCCGACCCUGUCAACAAACCCAUUUAUAUUGGGUUUGGAUCCAUGGUCGUGUCUGACCCUGAGGAAAUGACAAAAAUCAUUGUCGAUUCCGUCAUCCAGGCAGGAGUUAGAGCCAUCAUCUCUAAAGGUUGGUCGGACAAGCUGUCGUCGUCGGAGAAAGAUGGCCCUGUGGCUGUGGUCAUGAAGGAAGAGGGAAACAGCAAGGACAAGGAAAAAGUCUAUCCCUCGAACGUCUACAUGCUCAAGUCCGUGCCACACGAUUGGCUGUUCCCUCGCUUGGCUGGAGCAGUCCAUCACGGCGGUGCAGGCACAACAGCUGCAGGUCUUCGUGCAGGGAUUCCGAUUGUGAUCAAGCCAUACUUUGGAGACCAGUACUUUUGGGCCCAGCGUGUCGAGGAGGCUGGUGUCGGUGUAUGGUGCCACGAUCUGACCGUCAAGAAACUGUCCGCGGCCCUGACAGCCAUUACUACCGACGAGAAGAUGAUCAAGAAGGCCCAGUUGAUGGGGGAGCGUAUCCGUGCAGAGGAUGGAGUCGGUACUGCCAUUCACCACUUUUACCAUGACCUGCCCAUCACCCGAGAGCGUCUCAAGAGUCUCCACGAAGCUAGGAAUAACGUCGCAGUAUCGUUCACGAACAAUGGGGAGGAAGAUGACAGGGUCGUUGUUUGUCCUCCAACAGACACUGAUUCGUCAGGCGCCGGCAGGAGCAAAAAUCUUAUCCAGCAUGCAGCCACGAUACAACCCGACGGUCACCUGCCUGUCAGAGGAGCAACCAGUCCCAAGGAGAUUCCCCUUCAAGACCACCUCAAACUUUCUGCUACCAAGCCAGGCCCCGAUCACUCCUUGUCCAGGAUCGACGAUAGCGACAAGUCUGCGGAGGGUCUUGCUGCUGGACUCGAGGCUAUGCAGCCUCGUCGCCCCGACCAAGCUAUUCGUCUCGCUCACGACCACCUCGUCACUAAGCGUCUCGAAAAAAUUGAUGAUAACACUGACAAGACCGACGAGACGAGUGACAUAACCGAUGAGAAGGAUGAAGAGGAUGAGAAGAAUGAAAAGGGCAAGGACGACAGUAGUGAGGACUCAGAGUUGUCUUCUGAUAGAGAGGGAAAAAAGGUCAUCACCAUUAACAACAAGAAGCCAUCCAAGGUCCGCCGAGCUCUUGGAACCAUCAAGUCCAAGAUGAGUCGUGUGAAAGGGCACCUGAACCCAUCUAAGAAGGGCGACAGACUCAAGAGUGGUUGUUCGUCUCUGUCCGCAUCAUACUCUGAUAUCUCUGGUAGCAGCAACCAGAAGAGUCCUUGA